AUGACCCAGCUCCGGUACUCUCCACUUACCGGCCAUUAUCGCCAUUUCACUCACACUCGUCAUUUUACCAAUUUCGCCCCCAGAUUUGCCGAUAAUACUUUCCCGAGCACCAUUUCCCUUUGCACUGAAACUAAACCGUUAAACCCGAAUUCGACAGUCAAAGGUUAUAUCCCCUGUGCUGGUGGUGGAGGUGGUGAUAUUGGUGUUAGACAUGGUGGUGGUAGUGGUGGAUAUAGCGGUAAUGGUGGUUGGAAUCAUGGCGGAGACUCUGAUGAAUCCAGGUCUUCGUUGGAUGGUUUCGAACCAAUUGGGACUUUUGUAAAUGGAUGGAGAUCGAGGGUUGCAGCAGAUCCAGAAUUCCCUUUUAAGGUUCUUAUGGAGGAGUUGGUUGGUGUUAGUUCUUGCGUUCUUGGUGACAUGGCAUCACGUCCUAAUUUCGGUCUCAAUGAGCUUGAUUUUGUGUUUUCAACUCUAGUUGUUGGUUCCAUUAUGAAUUUUGUUCUCAUGUAUCUCUUGGCUCCAACUAUGUCUUCCUCGAGUCAGAGUCUUCUACCAAUCUUCGCGAAUUCUCCUACAAGCCACAUGUUCGAACCAGGGGCUUACAGUCUGUUGAACAGGCUUAGUACAUUUGUAUACAAAGGGACUCUGUUUGCUGCCGUUGGAUUUACUGCUGGACUAUUUGGAACUGCUCUUUCGAACGGGUUGAUAAUGAUGAGGAAGAAGAUAGAUCCGAAUUUCGAGACACCAAAUAAGCCUCCACCUACAGUUUUGAAUGCUAUUACUUGGGCGAUUCACAUGGGUCUUAGCAGUAAUUUUAGAUACCAGACUUUGAAUGGUAUCGAGUUUUUGCUAGCCAAGGGAGUUCCACCAGUUGUAUUUAAGUCAUCGGUUGUGGUUUUGAGAUGCUUGAACAAUAUUAUUGGAGGGAUGUCAUUUGUGAUAUUAGCAAGGUUGACGGGAUCACAGAGCAUUGAUCAAAAUAAGGCAGGUACUAUCAAUGAAGGAUCAGCCGAAGAGAAAGAGAAUCUGGUGAAUGCGGCUGGUGAAUUGCAAACUAGCGAGGCUACUUCCAAGUAA